AUGACUGGAGUUUCUCAAUCUGUGAAUAUUUCUGAUAUCAAGUGUGGUAUUCCCGAAUUGAAAGGAGAUAAUUAUAAGAUUUGGAAGAAGAGAGUUAUUUUUCAUUUAGGCUGGAUGGACAUAGACUAUGCUAUUAGAAAACAUGAACCACCGGGUAUUACUGAGACUAGCACUCCAGAUGCCAUUGAACUUUAUGAAAAAUGGGAGAGGUCAAAUCGUCUCUCCGUAACGUUCACAAAAACCAACAUUUCCGCUGGAAUCCGGGGUUCAGCUGAUCAGUAUGAGAAUGUCAAGGAUUUACUGAGGGCUAUUGAUGAGCAGUUUACGACAUCUGAUAAAUCUCUUGCCAGCACUCUUAUAAUGCAGUUUUCAUCCUUAAAGCUCACUGGAAUUAAGGGAGUGCGUGAUCAUAUCAUGCGCAUAAGGGACAUUGUGGCUCAACUAAAAGCUUUGGAAGUUACCAUGUCUGAUUCUUUCCUAGUGCACUAUAUUUUGCGCACUUUGCCUCACCAUUACGCUCCUUUAAAAUCUCUUACAACACACAUAAGGACAAGUGGUCUAUUAAUGAAUUAUUGA